GCGCGGGUUGGGGCGCGGCGCCGGCCUACUCCUCGUGCCCGACGCCCUUCACCAUGGUGGGCGGCGAGUGCUUCUUCCUCGCCGACGAGGAAAUGCUCGGCUGGGACGACGGCCGCAGGAAGUGCAGACGACUCGGCGGCGACCUGGCCUCCCCGAGGAACCUCGCCUCCCUCAGGAGCUUCCUCGGCUCCGUGGAAGAUCCCCCUGAAUAUCUCUGGGUUGGCGGUUCACAGCAGGACGACGGGAAAUGGGUGUGGACUUCAGGCACGCAGUCCGGCGUCCCUGUGGACAUGAGCAAGGAGACGUGGAACGAGGAAGUGCCCAGCGGGAACGGUCGUUGCAUGGGACUCUUUGGCCAGAGUUCUUACCGCGCUUACAACUACCACUGCAAGGAAAAGGAUUUCUUCGUGUGCCAAUACUACUUCUAAGAUUUCUUUUCCAUCAGUUAUAUACAAGUGGCCUCUAUCUUCAAGCGUGCUGUUUCUUUUCUUUUCGGAGUAUCAGUGCCGUCACCCGCGCUAUGUUCUGAAGGCGUUUUUUUCUUUCUUUCUUUCUUUCUUAUAAUUUCCCCCUCUCUCUUACGUGCAUCAGGAGAGAGAGCGGGAGGAAAUAUUGUAGAAAAGGAGAUUCGUGAGCCGUUUUUCAGAGGAUUUAGUGCUUUUCUAUUGUUACCCUAACAUUAGAAUACGCAAGAUUGAUACCCAAUGUUUGUAACAGCUUUAGCUUGGGCUGACAUGCAGGCAGGCCUCCGUUAGUUCGCGUGAAAUAGAUGCUUAUUAUUAGGCCCGAAAAUAAUUUCUUUAACUGUGCUUCUAGUGAUCUAUGUGUCACAAAAUUGCCAAUGCUACUAGAACAUGCUUUACACUGCUCUGAAAACAAAGUAAGGCUUUAUCUCAGUGAUCGAAACGUAGUAAAGCAGUUAUACUUCAACACACAUACACUCACGCACACGCACGCACACACACAGACAAAGCGGAAUGAUCGGUUAGAAUACAAGGCAAAGCACUGUGCACUGUUCACGUGUUAAGAGCAACUGGAAAUGAUCCCUCUGAAAGCAGCCAAGGGGAGCUUGUGUUUGGACGCAGCCAGAAAACCCAAUGAACGCGGCUCAAAGUGACCCACUGAACGCAGCCAGUACCUGCAGCCGCUUCUAUGAAGGUGAACGCGAGAGAACACGGCGCAUUUGCCUGCGCGCUCAGUUGACUGUAAAACAAAGCGAUAAUGAUCCUAAGAGCUUAAUGCGAUGCCUGCUUUUGGAAAUUUUGCCAGUAUAACUCCUGCCUCGCUCUCCAGUUACUUGAAGCGGUGCUAGUGCAACAGCUUCUUUAUAAACUGAAACCGCUCUUCUGCUCACGGCUCCCUGCGAAGCACUCCCGUUGAUAAAAUACAAGACAGGGUACGGCACUCCGAUAUCAUUUCAUUACUUCUUUUAUCAUUAUGAAUUUUCAGUUCUGUUACUUCUGUUAUUCUCCGAAGUAAAAGGUCUGACUCCGUCAAUAAACGUAAUGCUAUGCUCGGGGAAGCGCCAUCUGGUGCUCAAAACAUCGUCUGAACUGCACGCCUUCCCGACGAAAUCAGAGACCAGAUUGCAGAGGCUCGGAUUUCGAGAGUUUGAAGUUAACGAAUACAUCCUUCGAAGAGUUGCCGUAUUACUGUAGCAGUAGAUGCACCUGCGCCAAUGCCAUUGGUCGAGGAUAUAGACAUAAUUUACUUCUAUCCCUUCACUGUUGGAGCGUGGCGUGCGGUGCCGUAGAGUUUAUCGUGUUUGUUCCUUCUUUACUAGUAUGAUAAUAAUUAUAAUGUUUCGUAUGUAAGUACGUUCACCAUUAAGGUCUCACUGCCAGUCAAGGUCAUUGACCCCAUUUCAAGGUCAGAGUACAAUAGCGACCUCUGGUAAGUUCCCACCAUUAAUGUAAAUUAAACUGAAAAAAAAAAAAUGUAAAUAAGAGUGAUAUUUUCGUAAACAAAUAUUUUCUGGAUAACUUUGAACCAGAUCAUUCUCCCUCGUACGUUUCCUCUUUUACUACACCAACUUUUCUUCUUCCUCGGUCACCUUUCUCCACCUCCUCAUCUCUCCCUCGCCAUCAU